UUGGCUAUUUUUCAAUUUGGCGGUUGGAUUUUCAGUUGUCCCGUUUAUCUGAGUUAAUUUGUUAAACGAUUUUGUUAUAUUGUGUGUAUUUUCGAUGUUAAAGUGAUAAUUUGUAUGUCUGUCUUUUCUUUAUUAAUGUUGUAUGAAGUGUAUUUUAAUAAAUAAGUUUAAAUCAAAUCAGACUAACAAAAAUCUGCGAAUAAAAUGAGCGCUUUCGAGGUGGUGCUUACUCCGACACACCCAAAAUGCAAGAAGCGAAUAGAAUCUCGCGAGCCUACCGACGUUGUAAUGGCGCCAUUCUCCGCCAAAUCCAUUGUAACGUUCGAAGAUGUGCCAGUUGGAAAGACGGCGCGACGUAUUUUACGUAUAGUCAACCCCUCUGAGGAUAAUAUAGAGGUCCGUGUUAUAAAGCCAAUAAGCGAGGAAUACAAUGUUUCAAUUAGUUGGGACGAAAUCGUUAUACCCCGAUCCAAAACUGUAGAGAUGGAGAUGGUAUGGAAUCCUUUGGAACAAUUCACUUGUAAAGAAACAUUACAACUUUUGGAUAACAGAAAUUUUCGUAAGGAUGUUAUGGUGAUAAUGAAAACCCGCGUAACCAAUCCUAUUAAGAGUGUUCGAAAAUUUCCUACUAUUUCGACUAGUAACAGCAGUUAUGUGAGAACGCUACGUCUCAAGUCCCCGAAAGGUGCCACAAAAUCGCACAAAUCCAGCUCAGCACAGACACAAUCGCGCAAACCACCCACAACAACUACUCAAAGGGCAGGUAAACCGCCUUCUGCCCCAUCAACCACACGGGUACGCGCGCCUCCUCCGAGAUCAGUAUGGGCAGAUACUAAAUGUAAUUUACGUGAAGAACAGAAACGCGAAGUGUUCGAUGAAAUUACUAUAAACUUUACUCACACAUCUCCGCUUUCUGAGCGAAAUAUUUACGCGCGCAACAAAGCUGUGAAUGCUGCUAUGCCCACAGUUUCUUCAAACAAAUCACCGGUUCUGCUUACACACAAAGAAAAUGUUAGUCCUAUGACUCCUAGCAAUGUCAUAAAAAUGUUCGACAAGAUUCAGUUCACACCUAUAAACAGUGGUGAUGUGAAAAGUGGUAUUGCUGGACAUCACGAUUUGGAUAAUUUAGCCAGUUGGCCAACACCUGUUAGCGUGGAUUCGGUGAAGGUUAACUUAUCAACCAUGCGACCACGGCGGUUAACUUCGGCCAAUGAGUCCGCUGAUUUCCUUGAGAAUACUAAUACCACUCAUAUGACAGUCGAGUUUCAUAUGGAUCAAAAAUCGCCUGGCAGCGCUGUUAUUACAAAUAAAACUUUUGAAGUAAGACACGAAAAUAUUAACAUAUCAACAGAUUCCUUGGACACACCCGUUUGUUAUGGUGUUACGCUUAACAACACUACAAUUACCACAACUCCAAAGUCGCGCCCACUAGCUAUGAUAGAAGAGGAAGACACUAGCCUUUGCAAUGGAGAACCUGAGAACACUUAUGUGAAAAACAAAAGUGAGAUAGUGGCCGAAUCAAGUCCUGUGCGUGGGGAAGAAGAUCUGUUACGCGACAUUAAAUUAGUAGGCACACCUUUGCGAAAAUACUCCGAAUCAAUGAAAGAUCUUUCAUGCGUUCACCAAGAAGCGUUACUCGCUAGUCAAGGUUCUAUGCCGAAUCUGAAUGAAAUGGAAUGUAUUCGGUCCAUCGAGCAGAAUCGAUACUUUUUCAAUAAUCAUGCAUCGCAAGGGGGUUUAAUCUCGGAAGCAAGUACCCCUAUCUACCCACCACCCAAAAUUGGUGAACCCAAUACCCUAGGCAACGAAUCUGCAUAUGUCGAUUUAGGGAUUAUGUCCCAAGCCGAUCUCGCUUUUAAUCAAAGCGAAAUAUUAGCGCAAUCGAGUCGUUUUAAUUUAAAUGAAGUUGGCGUAAAAUCGCGUCGCAGUAGCCCAGUUCCUGUGUCUGGCAAAUGGCGAGAUUUACGUGGCGUGUCACCCAAAUCAUCAAAAGUUAAAUUGUCUGAGUAUUCGCCAUCGAAAUCAAACAAGCGAAAUUCACAGGAUCUAUCUUUUUCCGAUGCGCCAAGCAGUGAAUCUCUAGCGACUACUUCCAGCGAUAAAUCGUCAGUUAGGAGCUCUUCUUCUAAAUCCAAAAAUGCACCAUCUUCCAACAAAAAUAUGAGCCUGAUUUUGGUUUCGCCACCAAAGCGGCAGCGUGUAGAUAAUGAUUUCACUUUUGAGCGUCCGUCAAUACCUGGUUUAUCGCGCUCCAAAAAUUGGUCACGUACUCGUAAAAAGAUGAAAAUAGUAAAGCCAACUACACCAAAAAAGGUCAGUCCACCAAAUAUUCAACUCUCACCAUUGACUUCAGAGAAGCUCUAUGAUCCAGAGUUGUACCUACAAUUCUGCAUUAACCCCGAUCCUUUUGCCGCAAGCACUACUUGUGAUCCCUUUCUCGCUUCCACUAUGUAUUUGGAUGAAACAGCUGUGCAGAAACAUCAACAGGAUUUUAGAAAAUGGUUGAAUGCGCUGGUCACCAUACCAGCAGACAUGGAUGCCAACAGCGACGCCAAGAUCGAUGUGGGAAAACUAUUCAAUGAGGUGCGCCACAAGGAAUUAACAUUAGCGCCUACCAAAGAAGAGCAGUCUAUGGAUUAUAUGGUACAGCAUCGGCUGGAGGUUGUUAGACGUGCAGCCGUUUAUUUGUAUUUGAGCGAAGAGGUGCGUGAACCCUGCUCGAAAGUGGCAGUGUAUGUAAACAAAAAGGCAAUACGUAUACGAAACGAUCGAAAUUUGCAUCUCGAUGUGGUAAUGCAGCGGUAUAUACUUGAACUGCUGCUCUGCUUCAAUCCAAUGUGGCUACGCAUAGGCUUGGAAGUGGUGUAUGGGGAGAAAAUACAUUUGCGUUCAAAUACCGACAUUAUUGGACUCAGCACCUUUAUACUGAAUCGCCUUUUCCGCGACAAGCUAUUAGAGGAGAAAUAUUCGCGCGCUUAUUCGCUAUCGGAGGAAUACGCAGAGUAUAUUAAAAAGUAUACGCUGACUAAAAUGCUAUGUCUACUGCUAUUUCUGGAUAAAGCCAAGCAAAAGCGCAUUAUCAAAUACAAUCCGUGCCUCUUUGUCAAGAAAUCGCCCCAUAAGGAAACAAAAGAAAUUCUGCUAAAAUUUUCAUCAGAGUUGCUUGCAAAUAUGGGCGAUAUUACCCGAGAUUUGAAACGACUCGGCUAUGUGCUGGAGCAUAAGCAGUGUUUCCUAGACGAAUAAUACGCCUUCCAAAAUCUCGCCGUUGAUCUGCGAGAUGGUAUACGCCUGACGCGCGUCAUGGAGAUAAUAUUGCUGCGAGAAGACCUCAGUAAACAGUUGCGCGUGCCGGCCAUAUCGCGCUUGCAGAGAAUUUACAAUGUAAAUUUGGGAUUGAAGGCCUUGAGUGAGGCUGACUUUAGGUUGCAAGGCGACAUUACUGCAGCAGAUAUUGUCGAUGGACACCGGGAGAAGACGCUUUCCUUGCUUUGGCAGAUUAUCUAUAAAUUCCGCUCGCCGAAAUUCCACGCAGCGGCACGCGUUCUUCAAAAGUGGUGGCGCAGCAAGUGGCUAGGUGUGUGGGUGAAGCGACGCAUACAUGAGAAAGAGGAGCGCCGUCGGCAGCAAGCUGCAACCACCAUUCAAGCGUACUAUCAUGGAUACAUAUCGCGUCGCUGGGUGGAGUUAUAUCGCCGAGAGCGCACUGAAGCUGCGGUGGUAUUACAGAAGCACACUAGACGACACUUGGCACAAAAGCACUACAAACGUACUAUAACCGCAGGUAAGAUUCAGCGUUGGUACCGUGCGUGUGCGCUCGGUGUCAGCUAUCGUCGGCACUUUGCUGUCUUACGCUGUUGUACCGUAUUCAUACAGCGCUGCUAUCGCCGCCGUUUACUUUCUAGAAAGCUGCUACUUGUCGCCGACGAAUAUCGCCGUUACUGUGAAGCAAAUCAUAACAGAGCAGCUUCUUGCAUACAAAAAUAUUGGCGCGAUCGCUGUGUUACGAAGAGGUACCGCGAGGCGUUCCUGAAGUUGAAAAACAGCGCUGGGGCUCUCCAGCAGAGGUGGCGCGCAACAACCGCAAUGCGACAACAACGAAAGGAAUUUCUACGUCUACGCGCGGCGUCUAUUUGCGUACAACAACGUUUCCGUGCAAAGCGCUCUAUGAUGCGACAACGCUCAGACUAUCUACAUCUUCGCGCGUCUGUUAUACAAUUACAACAAAGGCGCCGCUCUAUAUUACAUAUGCGCACAGUUCAGAAGGAGUAUAGAGAGAAACGUGAAGCCGUUGUUAAAAUUCAACGUUGGUGGCGCGCAACAUUAGCUAUGCGGGCGGAUCGCGCCGCUUAUCAGCAUCUACGUAAGGUUGUGUGUAAGGUACAAAAUAGAUAUCGGGCAACUCGAGUUAUGCGACUGCAGAAUAGUCAGUACACUCGCAUACGGAACAGCUGCUUGACCAUACAACACAAAUGGCGCGCUACUCUACUGGCGCGUCGCGUACGCGUCGAUUUCAUUACGAUACAGUAUAUGGCGACCGUUAUGCAGCAACGCUUCCGUGCUACUAGACUGAUGCGUAAGGAACGCGCGGAAUUCCAACAGCUAAAAUGUGCAGCAAUCACUGUGCAGCGCAGGUAUCGUGGUCUUAAAAACAUGCGCCUUAUUCGUUUGAAUUAUCAAAGCGAACGUGCCAAAAUUAUACAAAUCCAACGACGUGUCCGAGCAACACUCGACAUGCGUUUGGUGCGUACGGACUAUCAGCAAAAGCGAGCCGCUGCUAUAAGCAUUCAAAGCUGGUACCGUUCCAUUCAGCAAACUCGGCAGCAGCAAUUGACGUAUGCGCGCAUGCGUAACAGCUGCAUUUGUAUACAGCGCAAGUGGAGAGCAACGCUGCACGCUCGUCUUGUGAGGCAACAAUACCAGCAGCAACUACAACGAAUCGUUUGCUUGCAACGCCAUUGGCGCGCUACGUUGUUAAUGCGCCAGGAGCGUACAGCUUAUCAGCGUAAGCGGGUCGCGGCAUACAACAUACAACGGUUCUUCCGCUCAUACAGACAAACCUUAGCAAUUCGUGAACAGUAUCUGCUCACAAGGUCGAUGGUUGUUUGCGUGCAACGCAAGUAUCGCGCAAAGCUCAGCAUGCGAAUAGCGCGGUAUGAUUUCUUGCUUUUACGGCGCACAACGGUGCAUUUACAGCAGAGGUACCGUGGCCGGUGUAUGAUGCGCGUGCAGCGUGCGGAAUUUCUACUUCUACGUCGUACCGUUAUCCAUUUGCAGCAGAAAUUCCACGGUAAACGGGAAAUGCAACGGCAACGCGCUGAAUAUUUGCAACUGCGCCACACUGUUAUUGGAUUGCAAUGUCAAGCACGCGGACUGUUGGCGCGCCGACGUCUUCAAGCGUUGAUUACACCGGAAAUGGUGGAAGAGCGUCGUCGCAGGAAAUCGGCAAGUGUUAUUCAGCGCUUCUGGCGGGGCUAUCGGGUGCGUAAACGCUUCCAGAGCAUCCAAAUGCGGCUCAUACGCCGCAACAUGGCGCUGUGGCGAAAAACCACACAGGCAGCAAACACUAUAAGCAGUAAAAUUUCACAUGCGGUGGGUGUACUGCGCGAUCAUUCGAGCGCUUCAGAAAUUCUGCACGUACUCAUAUGCCUAGAUCGAAUUUCUCGGAAUGUGCCUCACAUCUUAAUGAAUCAGUCGGACUUUAUAUCAACGUUUUGUUAUGGCGUCAUGGCACAGACAAUACGCAGCGAAGUCGACAAGCAAUUGAUUCGCUAUUGCAGUCGAAUUAUUUUGAAUUUGGCGCGUUACAAUAGUACUACUGCAAAUACUUUCCAGGAGAGCGGUCUUGUCACUAUAGCUCAGAUGCUGCUGCGCUGGUGUGACAAGGAUAGUGAAAUAUUCAAUACUUUAUGUACGCUAAUUUGGCUAUUUGCACAUUGCGCCUACAAGCGCCACAUAAUUCGGGAGUAUAUGACGACUCCUGAAGCAUUAUAUGUGGUGCGGGAGACUAAAAAACUUGUUGCGCGUAAAGAGCGCAUGAAUCAAAAUGUACGCAAGUCUGUUGCACCGUCACGUGCUCCCAAACAGCAACUAUUCCGCAGUCGUGCGUUACCUAGCCUCGAACCCGACUACGGCGUCAUACAUAAUAAGCCGUAUACGUUUGUAUCGUCGAUAUUUGCAUUUGAUAUGCUGCUAGCUGAACUGGAAAUUGAAGUCAAUUAAAUGUAUUUCUUUUAUUGUUUUCUUUGUUUUAGUGUAUAUGAUUAACACAUUCAUUUUUUUAUCCGUUGUAUGUAAGAAUUUCCGUAACAAGAAUUUUCAUAUUUGAUUUGUUUUCUAUACCAGAUACGAGAGUUUUCCAAAACACAUGGAUGCAAAGCAUUAUAAGAAGUUUGUGUUCAAAAAUGCAUCAAACCACAGCAUCAGUCUCUUUUAUUUCUACACUAUAAUUGGUGGAAAUGCCUUAUUUGCGCAAUUAAGUUCCAAUGCGGCAUUUAACCGUGGUUGCGCAUAUUGGUCAUUUCCUUAAAUUAUAGUUUCGAAAUAAAAGAGACUGUUGCUUUGGCUUGAUGCAUUUUUGAACACAGACUUCUAACGCUUUCUAUCGAUUGUAUUGAUGCGUUCUGGAAUGUAGCCAUACUAUCAGAAGACUAUCCGAUAUACAUAUAUAUCAAAUAGACUAGUUGGCUGUACAAUACUUUUUGUCGGCUACGACUAUGAUUACGUUAAUUUAUCCACUGUAAUUAAUUGCCGUAAAUGUUAGUUAAAAUUUUUUUAUUUAAAUAAACGUUAAGGAUAUAAUUUUUGCAUGGUAAACUAAUUUCUUGCACUUGUACACAGACGAAUGCUAACUUUGUACCCAUAACCAGCGUAAGCGGAAAGAUUAAGUAAGCUUGGGUCAACCGUAUGCUUCUUUUCAAAGCAGAAGAAAUGAUACCCACUUCAACCAGAAAUUCAUUUGAAUCCUUAGAUGGAUAUUGACAAGCGUUGAGUGAUCAAAAGACUACAAACUGCAGAAAAUAUAUUCGCCUCUUACUUUUACUAGUGGUGAAGCCUGAAUAGUAAUCGAGAAGUAGUAAAGUCAUUUACCACAAGUACAAUAAGUUAAAUAGCCCAUUUUUUCUGGGCGAAACACAAAUUUCAAAAUCGCCAUAUAUAUAUACAUAUAUAUAUACAAACUAAAAAAAAAAUAAAAAAUAAAAUUUGUUUUUUGUAAAAUACAAAGCACUGAGAGUGUUGGCACAUACGGUAGAAAACGAAGUGAACGCGAAGCUUGAGAGAGCGUUCCCACGACAGUCGGGUCUACGUAACCGGAACGACCCAGAUUUAUAUUUGGCUAAGGACUGUCACUCCAGCAACACUCCCCAAACAAGGGCGAUGAAGACGUGGCUGAAGGCGAAUUGCUUGCAAUUAACAUGAUACACAGCAUCUAAAACAUAAAUUGUGAAAUCUUUCGAGGAUUUGUGUUUAUAGUGUUGGUGUAAUAAAAUUAAAAGUCUGCCGGCAACAGCGGUGAAAAAAAAAAUAAAACUAUGGCGUCCUCGCUUUCGAGGGCAAAUAGAUAACGGGGAAUAAAUCAGAUAACAGUAGUCCGUUAUUGGUGUCAGUUUAAUCCUAUUAAUUCAACGAAUCCGAACGUGGGUCGUUCUAACAGUUAUGAGUUAAUAGCUUUCGAAACAAUUUUUUUAUGAAAACUUUCAAUUAUAACAGUAAUUGCUGGUUUGGUGUUACUCCUUAAACAUGGGAAAUGAUAAUUUCAUAUGAAAUAUUGUGGCCAUAAACAAUAACCGCCUAAGUCGAAAAACCUGGAUUCGAGAAAAAGCAUUUUAAACAUUACAUGUUAACCGUAUGGGGAAACCAAAUUAUGUUCGUCUAUAAUUUUUUAAAUAACCAGCUGACGAGAUGGGAAUUUCACAUACACAUCGAAUAGCAGUUGCAGAAUACGAUAGCAUAUAUAACUCAAUUCUUUCUAAAUCUACUUAGGCGGUUAUUACUUAUGACCGCAGAUAUUACAUAUUAAUACUUGGUUGUUAAAUUAUCAACACCUUAAUAACACGGCUUAUUUUUAAAGAAAUAUUUUGUUUAAAAAGGUAUACAUAACAAUUAGAA